GCUGCCGGGAAUUUCCCUGGCCCCGGGCUUGCUCACUUCCCCGCGCCGACCGGGGAUAAAAGCGGUUCUCCCGACUCCGGGAGCCACAGAGUCCGCUCGGCCAGCGCUCGCUCCCGCUCUGCAGCCGCCGCACCGCCGCCCCGACUCUCCGAGCUGAGCCCCAUGGCCCGCGCCGCCGCCGCCCCCCGCGCUCUCCGGCUCCUCGGCGCCGCGCUGCUGCUGCUGCUGCUGCUCCCCGCCGGCCGCCGCGCCGCAGGGGCGCCCGUGGCCGCCGAGCUGCGCUGCCAGUGCCUGCAGACCGUGCAGGGGAUUCACCUCAAGAAUAUCCAGAACGUCGUGGUGACGCCCUCGGGCCCCCACUGCGAGCAGACGGAAGUCAUAGCCACUCUCAAGAAUGGGCAGGAGGUUUGUCUCAACCCCGAAGCCCCCCUGGUCAGGAGACUCAUCAACAAGAUGCUGAACAAGGCCAGCACCAACUGAGAUAGAGAGAAGGCAGAAGCCUAUGGCUCACUGUUGCAGACUUAGUGAAAUAGGGCCAGAAGACGAAAACCUCCUGAGACUCCCUGGGCUGUGUUUUAAUGUAUUUGACUAUUGCCAAAGAGUAUUAUUCUAUUUUUUUUAACAUAUGUAUGUAUGUAUGUAUGUAUGUAUUUAUUUAUUUAUUUAUUUAUUUUCUCAAAGCUAGCAUAUUAAUGUCCUAGCUAAUAUUUAAAGACAUGAAUUGGGUAAUUUGCUGUACUCUUAUUUUAAAAUUUUAAAAUGACUUUUUAAAAGGUCAUUUUCAUGUUCCAUCAAAGUUGGUUCAGCUCUAUUAUUUAAUUUGUAGAUGAUGAAUCUUAAAUAUUCUUCAUUCAUUAAGUUAUUAUUUCUAGGGGGGACAGUGGGGGGAAACCAUGCCAUAUCAUUCACCAUGGUAAAGGCUGGAGAUAAAUGGUGUGGGAUCCAAGCAAAUACAUCCCUGUUAAGGUCGUGGGAUGUGGGCGCACAUCUGCUUUUGUACUGUUGAGAAGAAUGCCGGUUGUUAUUUAUUGAGAGAGUUUCACAGUAUGUGGUCAACAUUUCUGAUGUUGAAGUUUUAAAAACUCCAAUGUUUUAAAUAUCCCUUGGACAUUUUAUGUCUUCCUUGUAAGGCAUAAUGCCUUGUUUAGUGUUAAUUAUGUGGUGUUUCUCUAUGUCUUGAAAUAGAGAAGUCUAAAUAUUUAUUGAUGUGUUUUUACAAAUAGCAUGAAAAUAAAGCUAUUUACA